CAACAAUGCAUGCAACGCUUAGCAUGGCAACUAAAAUAAGUGCUGCCAUGCUGUCAGGCCCCCAUUGGGGAGGUUUCCUAUACUGUCAUUGUAAAAUGUUCACAUUUUGGGCUGCUGGUUUAAAGUUUGAGCUCUCCCCUUGCAGUUGCCUGCCUAGCCUGUUGACAAGAAGCACCUCUGGCUACAGUGCAUGUCCCACAGCCGAAUGCCACAGUUCAAAGAGAAGGAGAGGAACUGCAGCUGACUGAUACAAAAUAUUUGUGUACUUUUUAACCAUAGAAUGUAUAAAGAACGUCAUUACAGGUAGGCCUAUUGCAACACCUCUCAUCUGAAGUGAGGCCAAAAUAUUUAGAGCUCCCCCUACUGACUGCAGCGAUGUUCGUAACAAAUUAGCAAAGUAAAGGGGAAACAGCAAGAGGAAACACAGUAAAGACGAGAGCCACAGAACUUCCAUUACCAGGAGCGUCUGCUUCAAAUGGACGUAUGAAUGUAUACUGCUGUGGACUACAGACCUGAGGGAUCUUUGCCUUUUUAUUGGUAAGUUGAAUGUGUGUUUUUGAUAUCUGAAGUGAGGUGACGUGAGCUGUGAACUCUGUGGACAAUUUUAAAAAGCAGUUAAAGACCCAUCUGUUUAGACUUGCCUUUGUCUGAUCUGUCCAUGUCUGAAUUUAUGUAACUGUCUGUAUUUCUUGUCUCUGUAAAUCUUUUAUUUUGAAGCACUUUGGGACCUCUGCUAUUGAAAGGUGCUAUACAAAUAAACGUUAUACUUAGUUAUUUUAUAUUGAACUGAAGACAUUAUUUGAAUCUGUCUGAAAAGUAUCCAGAAACAAAAACUUUACAGAUGUUCAAAUGAUUAAAAAAAAACAUUCAAACAUUAUUUUUUUUCAUAGUGUAGCCUAGUUCUUCCUUCUAAACUAUGUUUUUUUAUUUUCUGUUUUAUCUGACAUUAAAAUUGUUUAAUAUAGUGACUUGAAUUUUGCACUGGACUUCCUUGCCCGUGUGUUGUAAUGUGGUAUACUGAUAAAGUUUAUUUAAAAAAAGGAGUUGCUCCAACGCUGCCCUGCGAGAGAGGAACUGCAUCAACUUCAUGAGGAACUACCUGCUCCUCAUAGGUCAUCAUGAGACGCCCCCUGAAGCUCACAUAAAGAUCCUGGAGAAGUUUCCUGACAGCUUCCCUCGCAAUCAAGGCAACGUCAUCCCACCAACCACCGAUAAGAAAGUCGAGGAGAAGGUGAAUGAUAGCGGUAUGGAUGAUGGCCCCCCUUCUCCUCUACCUGAAACAUCUAUCGAGGAACCUGGGACCGGUGGUCGACCUUUGCGCCCGGUGGCCCCGGUGGACUCUAUGCUCAAAGACAUGGCCACCAUCAUCUUCUCCACUUUCCUGCUGGCUGGCUGGGUGGCCUUUGUGAUAACCUACCCCAAAAGUGUUCACAAGCAGCAGCAGCUGCAGCACCAGGAGUUCCAGAGACAGAUGGAGGAGAAGCUGGAGCUGCUGCAGAGACAGCAGCCGUUCCCCCCUUCAGACCUCGGCCUCGGCUUGGCCCCUGACAGUGACUACCUGGAGGUGGCCCGUACUCGCUCAGAGUGCUCUGAUCACAGCAGCCCCAAUGUCACCCCUCGCGCCUCCAACCACUCCAACCUGUCAGUGUCUGAGCUGGGAAGCUCUGCAAAUGAGCACGAAGAUGGAGAGGAGGACUCCGGUAUAGUCAGAGUGGGCAACAUCACGUUCCGUCCCAAAGAGGUCUUGGGUCAUGGAGCUGAGGGCACCAUCGUGUACAAGGGGCAGUUUGACAACCGUCCAGUGGCCGUGAAGAGGAUCCUCCCAGAGUGCUUCAGCUUUGCAGACCGGGAAGUUCAGCUGCUGAGGGAGUCAGACGAGCACCCGAACGUCAUCCGCUACUUCUGCACGGAGAGGGACCGGCAGUUCCAGUACAUCGCCAUUGAGCUGUGUGCGGCCUCGCUUCAGGAGUAUGUGGAGAGGAAGGAUUUUGACCGUCAUGGACUAGAGCCAGUUAUGCUUCUUCAGCAGACCAUGUCAGGACUGGCCCACCUGCAUUCUCUCAACAUUGUCCACAGAGACCUGAAACCUCACAACAUCCUGGUGUCCAUGCCCAACGCCCACGGUCGGGUCCGGGCCAUGAUCUCAGACUUCGGCCUGUGUAAGAAGCUGGCGGUGGGUCGUCACAGUUUCAGCAGACGGUCCGGCGUGCCGGGCACAGAAGGCUGGAUCGCCCCUGAAGUUCUCAGUGAGGACUGCAAAGACAACCCGACGUGCGCCGUCGACAUCUUCUCUGCUGGUUGUGUGUUCUACUACGUGGUGUCUCAGGGAAGCCACCCGUACGGCAAGUCUUUACAGAGACAAGCAAACAUCUUACUGGGCUCACACAGCCUGGACCAUCUGCAGACUGACAAACACGGGGACAUUGUAGCCAGAGAUCUCAUAGAGCAGAUGUUGAGCAUGGAGCCACAGAGGAGACCUGCAGCUGAGAGUGUUCUCAAACACCCUUUCUUCUGGAGCCUGGAGAAGGAGCUGCAGUUCUUUCAGGAUGUGAGUGACAGAAUAGAAAAGGAGCCGCUGGACGGACCAAUCGUGAGACAGCUGGAGAGAGGAGGGAGGGCUGUUGUGAAGAGUGACUGGAGGGAGCAUAUCACAGUGCCACUGCAGACAGAUCUGCGGAAGUUCCGUUCCUAUAAAGGUGGAUCGGUCAGAGACCUGAUGCGUGCAAUGAGAAACAAGAAACACCAUUACAGAGAGUUGCCUGCAGAGGUACAAGAGACUCUGGGCUCCAUCCCUGAUGACUUUGUCUCUUACUUCACCUCCCGAUUCCCCCACCUGCUCAUGCACACCUACCUGGCCAUGCGGACAUGUGCAUCAGAGAGGCCGUUCCUGCCUUACUACUCCACUGCUGAGCAGAAUGGAAAAACACAAGCCGAAUACACACACCUCAGACCACAGAGACAAAAUGAGCCGUGCACUCAACACCUGCCAACAGACACAUCAUCAAACGCCUCACAACCACAGGAACCUGCACAUUCUCUACAGCCGGUGCAGGUCGAUCACACGGUAACAAAUGGACCAUCGCCCUCUUCAUUACCAGAUGAGCCGGUAUCUUCAGAUUUAGCGGUUCAGACAGUGCAGCCAGCAGAGUUAACACUUUCCACACACGUGGACUCACACAGUCAAACGGUGAAUCUCACAUCUGCCUCAGAAUCAGCUACAGAUCCUCUCAGGCAGUCUGAGUUGCACACACUGCCAGAUCCUUCCUCACUGGACACACAACCAGUGUGAACUGGACCAGAGUCAGGUGGACCCAGCACAGACGGGAGCAUUGCCAGUAAGGGUGGACAUCAAAUGGGGCCAAGCUGCUGCACUUUAAGCUGGUGAGGACCGGGCCUGCAGUGCCUGGGAUCCACUGCCGGGUGGGAGCAGCUGCACCCUCUUUUAAGUGCCUUCUGCUCACCUGGGCGAUAAAUGUUCCCACGACACAACCGUCCACAAGUUCUGCCUCUGCCUCGGGGAAGUCUGAAAAACCAACAGAGUGUUGUUGGAUAUCAUAUUGUAGCAGGACGGAGAAAAGAGAAUCUUUUGUAUUUUAUAACAGCAUGUCCAAAAAAGUGUUUGUCCCUAAAAUAUUUGGCCUCUAAUGUGGGAAACAUGUCUGGAUGUUGUUGGGUAGUUUUAUUGUGCAAUGUUGUAUUUCUCAGUGAGCCUGUUCACUGUGCAGAUGCUGUAUGUAUAUUUUUGUACAGACUGAGUCACAAUUUGGAUCUGCGAUGUUAAAUCCAUUAAUAUGGCCGAUGUGCCUUCUUUUUUUUUCUUUUUUAAACAUCACUGUGCUGCAUGGGCACAGAUCUUUAAGAAUGACUAUGCUAAAUGUGCUUGAUUCCAGUUAAUGCUGCUAGAUUGCUUCGCUUGUGUCAAUCAGGAUUAUUGUGCUGACUCGGUAAGAGCGGACGGUUCCAAAGGGCGUUCACUGUGACACCUGAAUACAGAAGUUUUCUUAUGAUCAUGUGAUUAUGUGGUCUGAUUACAAACUUGCAGGUCGGCUGCAGAACGUUCAUGUACAAAGACUUUUUUAAGAGCGUUUACAUGAAGUUAAUAACUUGCACAUUAAAAUCU